AUGAGCGACCUUACACUGUACUAUUUUCCAGGAUCGUAUUAUUCCCAAAGGGCUUUGUUGGCACUGUAUGAAAAAGAUGCAAAGUUCAAGCAUCAGGUGGUAUUUAUCCAUGAUGGAGACCAGAUUACCCCAAGUUACAUGAGAAUGAAUCCUGCUGGUCAAGUUCCUGUGUUAGCUGAUGGGAAGAAAAUCAUUACAGAGUCAGAUGCAAUAAUUAAAUAUGUAGAUGAAAAUGUCCACACAGGGUCUACACUGGUCCCUGAUGAGAUAUCAUCAGUUGGAAAGGAGGUGGCUCGCUUACGGAAACUCAUAAGUUCUGUAAGAGUGGAGAUAAUGACUUAUGGGGUGCUUCGUUUUCAAGAUCUAUCCAUAACUGGUCUCCAUCCAAUUGCAAAACCAAUGGCAGAUAUCAUGAAAAAAGAUCAAGGGAAAAGAUUUGCAGAACUGAGGAAAACACUGGCUGUACUAGCUGAGAAGUACCCUGAUUUACGAGAUGCAUACAAUGCCAAGAUUGAAUUUGCCACAAACUUCCCAAAAGAAUUCCAGAAUAGAGAGCUGGUUGUUAAAGUCUUGAAUGAUGUGGAAAAAACAUUGGAUGAAAUAGAAAAUAUUCUGAAAAGAGUGAAAGAUGAGCAGGGCAUCAGUGACUGUUGGUUAGUUGGGCCUCGCUUCACUGCAGCAGAUAUAGCCUUGGCCACUUUGUUGGACAGGAUUUCCUUUCUUGGGCUGACUGCUCGGUACUUCACCCCAGAGAAACGACCUCACCUUUACCAGUACUAUCAGAGAUUGGGGACCAGAAAGAGUGUCCAGCAAGUCAGAUCUCUUGUCCUAGCUACCCCUCGCAUGUUUAUCCUCCGAAAACUGAAGAAAGCAUCUCCUUUUGUAGCUGGAAUUAUUGCUGCUGGGAUAGGGGUUGCUGUGGCAUACAGUAUACUGAAACGAAAAUAAGAAGAAAGAGUAAGUGUUCAUAAACAUCAACAUUAUAAAUAUAGCAAUAGCUUGAAGUGAAAUCAUUGGGCAAUCAAAAUUUAGAAAAGAUAAAGAUAUGUAUGUAUGGACUGGAAAUUACAAUACCAAAUGCUGCAUACACAGUUAUAAUCUGUCCACAAUGCAAUUAUAUAUAUUCUGUAUGUCUAUAUAUAGUGAGGGUGUGUGUGUGUGUGUGUGUUAAUUGUAGGGAUGUCAACAAGUACCCCAUUAACAGGGAUCGAACGUCCGAGUGUACUGAAUACUAAAAUCGGUACUCGGAUGUAUAUUGUUCGUAUUUCAAAGUGCAUAUUUUUAUUAAAACUUAUCCCAAAAUGUGAUUUAAAUAUUCAUUGUCCAUGUCUAUACAGUAAUUAGCGUCACCUACGCCGGGUUAGUACCUGUUAUCGCCUUAUCGUGGGAUAAUUUAUGCAUAACGGGUGAAAUUGUAAAUAUCAAGAAAUCAACAUCCUUAAAGUAAAGUUUACUUCCAGAGUUAUCACAGAGGAAACAUUUGGAAAUGUAAAUUAUGUACGACUCCCAAAGAUAUUCUCUUUUGCUAGUGUGGUCAUCACAAAUUGCGUCCUUCUCUUCCGUUGAUCAGAUUGUCUUCCUAAACAAGAAUUGUAAAGCAUUGUAAUUAUUGGUGUUUUAACUGGUCAUGUCUUUUGUGUUUGUUUGAUACAUAAACUGAGUAACAUAGAAUCAAGAAUUUCGUUUGGCUCGAUGUUUAUGUACAUGCAUUAUAAACGAAAGAAAACAUCAAUGGGAUAAACAGGUCUUAAUAAAAUCAACAAACUUUUACCUAUAUACAUACUUUUUCCGAGUACCCGGGGACUAGAUCGGAAUAUCAUCCGAGUAACCUAUUAUCAAAUAUUGACGGAACUGACAUCCUUAGUUAAUUGUAAAGAUUUUUGGUUUAUUUUUCAUCGAUUUUUCCAAUUAUUAUUAAAUCACUUAGGAUGAUUUUUUUUACUUUAGAUGUCUGUGAUUUAUUAUUGCAACAUAAAAUAUAAUCAGGAAAUUGUAUUCUUUUUUUUAUAUAUUUAUACUGUACAUAAUAUGCAACAGGGCAGUAAAUAUAUACAAUGAACGUUACUGACGAGUACUUAACUGUAUUUGUCUAUGGGUAUGUUGUUAAUUAAUAUGUCUGUCAAUUACUAGUAUAUACAGUAUAACUUGAGGACCAAAGACAAACUGGAAUGCUUUUUACUCUCCUUUUCGAAUUAAUGACUACUCCUGUCAAUUUAAGUCCAUAAUAUUCAAAGUUUUAUCUAGCAAACACUUCUUCAGUUUUCCAGAUAAAGUAACUAGCUAGUCAUGUGUAAUUAUUUUGUGCUUGUACAUGUAUUUAGAAUACAUAUUCUUAAUUUUACACAAGAAUACCAGCUGAUCUUAUUAUUUACAAUUUUCCUUGAAAGUACAUGUAGGCACU